CCAAACUGAGGAGGAGAUGGUAGGGGUAGCUGUGAGGUGAGCUGGGUUGUUUUCUGGGAGGGUGGUAAACAAACGAAUUCUAGUCAGGCCAGCUAGCUGAACGUUCAACAAAAUUUAAUAUUGCGUGAUUCAAUUUGAGCAUUUUAAAUUGGUUUGAAACUACGUGUUUUUGUUUAAAUAAAGAAAAUCCUUGAAGAUUUUAUUCAAUACAUUUUAACACAUUUUUGGAAAGAUUCUGGCAAUUCACGCGUCAUGCGCAUUGCGCCUCAGCUAGAAUAGAACAAAAAGUCGGUCAUCCUCAGUAGUUAUGGGAAUGUAACCACGUAAACAGUUUGUUCAAUAGUCGCCAGUACACUUGUCUCAACAAUACAAUAGUUUGCCUCUCGAAAGAACCCUGGACGAUGUUACCACCAGCCAGCAGCACAAAGAUGGUCUUCAAAGUGUUCAACUUUUUCUACUUCCUGGCGCGGCCACUGCUCAAGUGGUUCCUGCAUCGCUUCACGAACCUUUGCGAGUUGCAGCGGAUAUGCUACGGCUGUGCCCCGGGCGCACUCCGCACCCGCAAGGUCCAGAUGUCGCUGGAACUGUCCCGGAAGCCACGCAUCAAGCAGAUGGUGAUGAUCCUGAACGAGCUGGUUAGCCACGAGGUGGACGAAACGUUUCUGAAGGAUGAAAUCCACGGCCGUGCUAUUGCGACGGUGCUGCAGGUGAAGAAAAUCAACCCAAAAGUCCACGUGGACUUUCCGCGGUCGUUCGGCACGUGCGCCGAAAAGAUCUGGGGCUACAAGCGGCUGUUCUGGCUGGUGGAACAGCUGCGGAGUACUCAGUAUGACUGCGAGAAUGACGAGCACGAGCGGAAGCUGCUCUGCCUGUGGAAGCUGCUGGCCGGACCGGAGGAAAGCCUGGAGGGCCGGGUGACGAACCAGUGGCAAAGCAUUGGGUUUCAGGGAGACGACCCGAAGACGGACUUUCGCGGGAUGGGCAUCCUCGGGCUCGACAACCUGCUCUACUUUGCUCAGGAGUACAAUGGGACGGCGCGGCACCUGCUCUCACACUCGCACCAUCCAACGCACGGGUACUUUUUCGCCAUCGUUGGCAUCAAUCUCACCUCGAUGGCGUACCACCUGUUGAAGUCGGGGGCGGCGAGGAUCCACUUUUACAACCAGUCCCGGCUGACGGUGGACAUGUUCCAUCAGUUUUACUGCUACCUGUUCUUCGAGUUCGAUCGGUACUGGGUGGAGUGUAAGCCGAAGAGCAUAAUGGACUUUAGCUGGAUCCAGAAGAACUUUGAGGAGAAUGUGAGGAAGAUGCUGACCAACGAUAGCUGCAGUUUCAAGAUGAAUUUGUCGGUGGAAAAUGUUUAAUGGUUUUUUAGAAAUAAUAUUGAACCUGCCGCGCUUAGCUUUUAUUCUAAAACAAGUGGCUUAAAGAUUGUGUUCUUGACCUCGGUGGAAUGUUAGAUUAGGAAAAUGUGUGAUUUAGUUAAAAUUUUAAUUUGAAACUGCACGUUUGAAAAAUAAACAUGCUUUGC